UGUGAGUCAUGAAUGGAUGGUCCUGAGCUUCACCCUCUGCAUUUCCUUGUCAUUCUCUAUGGGUACCUCUGCCUUGAAUUAUUCCUUCUUCCUUUGCCUGCCUACACACAGAAUUUUUGUUUGGUUUGCUUUGGUGCUUCCUUCUCUGGUCUGUGGGUGUUUUGUGGACAGGGGUUGGCUGAGGUCUUCCCUUCACAGUUUCUGCUUGCUCUGUUUGGGAGUGCUUUCCCCAAAGCUGGGUUCUUGGGAGUAUUUCUGUCCCAGAAUGUUUCUGUCCCACUGACAGCUGGGGAUUGAAGUGAGUAUGAGCCAAAGCCUCCUGCAGCAACCUGAACUUCCCUGGCUUUCAUCUGAAGCUGAGUUGCUCCAAAGGUAGCUUCAGAUGUCUUGGAGGAAAGCUGCCUGCCCUGUCAGCCCACUCAGCAGGAAAAACAGAGUGCAAGGAGCAGUGCCCUCUGUUCCCCAAGGUGACAAAGGGUUUUUCUUUCUUCGGUCUGUGGGUAUUUCAGUUGUCAUCUGGGUGUUCCCCUCACUGCAGGAGGAGCCUGGGGGACCAGCUGGGAGCACAAACCUGACAUCUGGGGGGAGAGCAUAUCCUCAGCAAUUACCCUGCACCCUCUCCCUAAAUGCAAUUAAUCUGCAGCCUCCCCCUAAAUGCCAACUCCUCUUAGUGGAAGGCUUGGUGAUUGUCUCAGAUAGUGACACUUGGAGGGCACUGACACCUCCCCCUGCAGCACACACAGCCAUUGCCUUCUCCAUGUGCUCAGCCCAAGCUGCUCUAGAUCCAGCCUUUGAUCCAGCAGCUCUCCAGGCAUUCCCAAGAGACUCCUGGCUUGAGUAACUGGCUGAUGUGUAGUGAUCUUCUUGCAGUGACUACAGCUCUGACAGUCUGUCCCUCUGAGUCCUCCCAGAUGGAGCCAGCGGAGGAACAAGAUGCAGGAAACCACACCCUGCUGACUGAAUUUGUCCUCUCUGGAUUGUCCAGCCGCCCAGAACUUCAGCACCUGCUGUUCUUCACAAUCUGCUUAGUUUACAGCAUGACUCUCAUGGGGAACCUCCUCAUCUGCAUGGUCACGGUGCACCCCACCCUCCACACGCCCAUGUACUUCUUCCUCCGCGUCCUGUCCUUCCUGGAUAUCUCCACAGCAUCAGUCGUCGUCCCCAAGAUGUUGGCAAACCUCCUGUCAGAGGACAGGAGCAUUUCCUACCUGGGCUGUGUCACACAGCUCUACUGUGUGGUUUUCCUGGCGGCCACCGAGUGGUACCUGCUGGCAGCCAUGGCCUACGACCGCUACGUGGCCGUGUGCAGCCCCCUGAGAUACUCUGCCAUCAUGAGCACCAGGGCCUGCCUCUCCUUGCUGCUGCUCUGCUGCUGCAGUGGCAAAGUUGUGUCGGUGGUGCAGACAGCCUGGGUGUUCACCCUGUCCUUGUGUGGGCCCAGGAGGAUCGAUUAUUUCUUCUGUGACAUUCCCCCGCUCCUCACGCUCUCCUGCUCGGACACCUCGCGCUACGAGAGGCAGCUCAUCUCAGCCACGGUGCUCGUCAUCUUCACACCCUUCUGCCUCAUCCUGCUGUCCUACGCCUGCAUCAUCUCCAGCAUCCUGAAGAUUUCCUCUGCAGAGAGCAGACACAAGACCUUCUCCACCUGUUCCUCACACCUCACUGUUGUAACGCUGUACUGUGUGAGUGGGACUUUGAUUUACUUACAGCCCAAAUCCAGUAAUUCACAAGAUACUAAGAAGAUCAUGGCUCUCAUAUACACAACUGUGAUUCCCACAUUAAACCCCCUGAUCUACAGUCUGAGGAAUAAAGAAGUGAAAGAAGUGCUAAUCAGAGCACUGGCUGUGUUGAUGAAGAAAUAAAAGGUUUUCUUGUCCAUGAAUGUGUGGAUUAAAAACCUUAUUUUCAUUUUUGGUGAGCUCUAAUGGUUUGCCAGCUCAGGAGGAACAGCAGGCACAAAGA